AAAUAAUUCAGGGAAAGUUACACCCAUUCGAGUUAAAUCAUUUAUCAACAAAUCUGUAUAUAAAUUAAUUAAUUAUUCAGAUUUUGUAUAUUAAUUAUGAAUCAUCAUGAAGAAUUGUACAAUAUUCAUAGUAUUAGAGAAUACAGUAUCCAAUUUAAUGGCAAGCAGUCGAUUAAUCAAACGUUAUGAUUUGAACAGGUUAAAGGUUGAAAUUGAAUUAACUCUUAAAAAACCUACUUUAGCAGAACUUACUCAUUAUUAUCGUUUGAAUCGUUUAAUUCAAGCGAUUAAUGAAACUUAUCAUUUCUAUGAACAUUUAAUUAAUCAAUUAAAAUGGUUACAUACAAUAAUUAAAGAUGAAAGUAAUAAAAUGAAUUUUAUCAUUGGAAGUAUAUUAAAAUAUAGAAAUCAAAAUAGUAAUGGAAUACCAGUUGUAUACUACAUAUUCAAGAUAUCCAACAUAAUGGUUGAAAUAUGUGAAUCAAGAAAAUUAUCCAUAUCAAAUAUUAUAAACAAUCGAAUGGUUGUUGAAUAUAAUGAUAAUAAUAACUUGAUGAAUUCAACUAUUGAUUUGGAAAUAUUUAUAUCGGAAUUACAUGUUUUAGUGGAUUAUUUCUUUGAGUAUUUAUGUUAUUUCAUGGUGAAUUUACGCAAUCAAAUCUCAGUAAAUGAAAAUUUCAUUCGUUCUUUUACUUCAACUUCUUUUACAAUGUCAAUGAAAUCAUCCAACGUAUCAUCAUCAUCAUCGUCGUCGUCGUCGUCAUCAGCAUCAUCGUCAUCAAGACUGACAUGUCCAGUGAUUACAUCAAAUUCUAUAUCAAAAUUAAUUGAUGAUCUAAUAGACAUUGAAUCUCAUAUGCCUAUGAAAUAUAAUGAACAAUAUACUGAAGCACAAAAACGUUUAUCAAUAAGAAUCAAUCUACAAGUUAAUAAAAAUAAGGAAUGAAUAAGUUUGAUUAUUUUCUAAAAACCUACAUUUAAUAAUAAUGAUAUGUCUUAGAAACAGUUGUAUAAUGUAUUCUGUUCUUUUUAAUAUUCUCAUGUAUAUAUAUUCUAGCUAUUAAAAUAAUGUUAAAGUUGGUAAAAACAAUCUUGUGUAAAGCCAAAGUGUAACAUUGUAUUGGGGGGGGCUGACUCGAAAGUAAUUAAGAAGAUUUGUAACUCAGGAGGAUAUUUUCAGAGGCUGUAAAACAAUCCCCAUAUAUAUAUAUAUAUAUAUAUAUAUAUAUAUAUAUAUAUAUAUAUAUGGAUUCUAUGUAACGAAAUUUAUUUAUUUCUCUUUGUAAGUAAUACUUUGUCUAUAACCCUUCUGUACUUACAUAUAUUACAUUCAUACUUUAUGAUUUGUUUGAAGCUAACAUUUGAUUGAAACUAGCCAUAAGGUUGACAUCAAAUCAGCAUUUGUAAUGUUAUUCAAAAGCCUUCACGGACGUAUACUAAGGUUUAUUGAAGCCUUGACUAUACGGAAAUUGAAACCACCUUUAUGUAUGUCCUAACACUUAACCUACCCUGGUAAUACUGAUUUAUUAUACAAACUGUUAAUCAUAUUGUUUUUGUGUACUAUAUUAUUAUUAUUAUUUCUUACCUUUAACCUGUCUAGUUGACCUUUUAAGUUUCAUAUAAAAAUGUUCUAAACAAGUAUGUAAUGUGUGAUCAGAUUGUUCGAAAUGUA